AUGCCCCCGUACACCAUUCAAGUGCGAGGACUCCCGGAAGAGACAAAUGUGGACGCUGUUCGCGACUUCUUUAGCCGUGUGGGCGAGGUAACGGAAUGUAACGUAAACUCCACAGCGGCAACUCUCUCCUUCGAGAAUGAGGACGACUUUAACGAGGCUCUUAACAUGAACGGCAUAGAGUUUGAGAAUGGUGCCAUUCUUCAAGUGACCAAAGACACCGAGGCAGAUCAGCAGGAGCAGCAGCAGCAGCAGCAGCAGCAAUCAAACGAAGAUCAACAACAACAGCAACAGCAACAACCACAAGGUGAUGGAGAACAGGAUCAACAAGAGCGGGAAAAGGCAUAUAAUGGAGGAGGGGAAUCCAGAGAAGAACGCAAAGAUGCCGGAGAUGAGGGAGAUGCCGCCGCACGUGACUCCCGCAAACGUUUCCGCGAAGAAUUUAAAGUGGCCGUUCGUCAUCUUGCUGAGAACACAACGGAGCAGCAACUGCGUGAGUUAUUCGAGCCCCUUGGUACCAUCAGUGACUUCUUCCUAGAACCACGCCGCCGCUAUGCGUUUGUUGGGUUUGACAAUGCCGAAUCUGUGGAAUCCGCACUGCAGAUGAGUGGCCGGGAGGUCAAUGGAAUGGCGAUUGAGGUGGAGCGGAAGCGCAAUGGCCCGCGGGAGAACGUUCUGGAGUCUAAAGUUGUGGUGAAGGGCCUGCCGCCCAACACAACAGAAGAGGCAAUCCGCUCCUUCUUCGCCUCCGCUGGCGAGGUGGUGGAUGUGUUCAUUCACGAAAAGAAACAAUUCGCCUUUGUUGGCUUCCCCGAUGAGGAGUCGUGUGCGGCCGCCCUUCGCCUCAGCGGUGAGGAGUUGGAUGGCACACGUGUGGAGAUUGAAAGACGCCAACGUCAACGCUGCUUUAAGUGUAAUAAAGAAGGACACGUCGCCCUGCAGUGCCGGGCGGUCGAUCAAGUCUGCCGCAACUGCGGGAGGCCCGGACAUCUCGCACGCGACUGCCGCAGCGCCGGCAACCACCACCACCCACGCGAUUUCCGUCCACACCACAACAACCAUCAUCACAACUAUCACCCACCACACGGCGGAAAUAAUAACAACAGCAUGAGUGACAGGCGUGGACACUACUAUGGCGGUGGCGGUAUGAACAACCACAACAAUGAUCGCCGGGAUUACAAUAACACGAUGGACAGACGGGAUGACAGACGGGAUGAUCGCCGGGAUUACUACAACGACCGCCGUCGUGCACGUUCCCGCUCAGACUCGUAUGAACGUCAUCACCGACGACGUGGAAGCCGCAGUCGCAGCCGCAGCCCAAAGCGUUUUGUUCGUGAACGUGAACGUGAACGUGACCGCAGCCGCAGCCCACCUCGCCGCCGCUACUAG